AUGAAAAACCACCACUCAGAAGCAAAUCUCUACCUUUUCCUGACAUCACCCAAGUCUCUCAAUUAUACUGUGGUGGCACCAAGACAUGGUAUCUCACAGUCAGGAUUUCUGUUGGCCAACACUCUUGUCUCUGUGAAACUUCCUACAUCAUUGCUUAUGCCUCAUGGUAUCAGUGACCGAGGAAUAUUAGUUAGGUCGACAGAAGAUAUGACUGUGUAUGGUCUCAACCAAGGAAAAUACUCAACUGAUGCUUUCUUAGCUCUUCCUACAUACAUACAAGGUCUACAAUAUGUUGUGCCCUCAUACAGUCAACUAUCAGCAUCACACCAAAGCCUGAUUGGUAUAGUAGGCAUUCACAACAAUACACAAGUCACAAUUGUAUUAGCUUCCUCUGCCAGUGAUGGCACUAAGUCCCAUAAUGCUGGUGCAAAUGUCACUUACACAAUAAAUUGGAUGGAAACACUGCAACUUCACGGAUAUGACCUGACGGGAAGCCGUGUUUAUUCAGACAAAACGGUUACAGUGUUUGGAGGACAUGAAUGUGCAAAUAUACCUGUAGACAAAAAUUCUUGUGAUCAUCUAGUGGAGCAAGUCCCUCCAAUAACAACACUUGGUAAACAUUUUGCCACAGUACCAUUAGCAACACGAACAGCAGGAGAUAGAUUUCGUGCAAUAGCAUCAAAAGAUGGCACCAACAUUACAAUUAAUGGGCAGUUGCAGGCAUCCAAUUUGCAAGCAGGACAAUUCCAAGAAUUCACAAUUUCUUCUACCACUUUCCUGUCAAUUGAAGCCGCUCAACCAAUACUACUAAUGCAGUACUCACAAGGCUCAACUGUUGACGGUACAAAUUCUGACCCAUUCAUGUUGAUGAUCCCUCCAGUUGAACAAUACAGAUCAAGAUAUAUCAUCAGUACACCACCAGAUCGGCCAGUACCAUUCAGUAACUACUUGGCAAUCAUUGUAACGGAUGACAAAAAGGAUGGACUGAGACUUGAUGAUCAACCAUUACCUUCUUCUAUCGUGUGGAACAAUAUUCCUGGUCAGACACUUGCAGGAGCUAAUGUACCAAUAUCGAUAGGAUCGCACACCAUCCAUCAUGUGGAUCAGAGCAACUUUGGACUGAGUAUAUAUGGUUUUGAAGAUUACGAUUCAUAUGGAUAUCCUGGAGGACUGCAACUGAAGGCACAGUGUGCUGUACAAACGCCUGAUCAGAUUACAGAUAUAGACGAGUGUGCUCUAAAUAAUGGUCGAGGUCCCUGCCAAUACGCGUGCACUAACACAUUUGGAUCAUUCCAGUGUUCUUGCCAACAAGGCUACUUCUUACAAGCUGAUCGAGUUUCAUGUCGUAAAUCUGCUCAGCAGUGUCUUUGUUCAAGCGAGGGCAAUGGCAUAUGCAUAAGCGGUGGGUUUUGUGAAUGUCGAGUAGGAUGGGGUGGUCUAACAUGCUCAGAUCCACAAUGUCAUCUUGUCAAUCAUUGCUCUGGCAAAGGAAAGUGCAUUGCACCCAACAAAUGUCAAUGCAACAGAUGGAUUAUUGGCUCAACAAAUCAACCAUCUAUAAUAGCAGGAGGUGACUACGAUAAUCUUGCUCCGAAACAAGACGACAUCGCAAAAACAAAAAUAGACUUCAAGUUUCACGUCUACUGUGCCACCUUCCAAAACCUAUCUGAAUGGAACGACUACGGCUGUUUCUGUGAUUUAUCUAAGACGGCAGACUUGGUAAUAGACAGACAACCAGUUGAUGAAACAGACAAGUGCUGUAAGGAACAUGAAAAAUGUUAUUCUGCUGCUCCAUCCAGUUGUGACUGUCACAAAGUACAAUCGUUUGCAUACAAUGCAGGAUGUAACGACUGGAAGUUAGAUAAAGGAUUCUGUGAAGAUGUGUUUCUCACCAGUCAAAAUAAUGAAUGCAAACGUUACUGUUGCCAGUGUGAUUUCACUGGGGCUGAAUGUCUUGCACACGGAAGAAACACAAAGGUAGACAAACUGUGGCACAAUUGGUUAGAUCCAACAAAAAGCCAAUGCAAUCAGAAAUGUGGAAAAGUGACAGGAUGUGACUGCAAACCAGAAUGUUCUGGCAAUGGAUUUAUUGACAGUGUGGGACGUGACUCAUUCUGUUUUUGCUUUCCUGGAUGGCAAGGACAAUGCUGUGACCAGCCUGACUGUUCAUGCCAUAAUUCUAACUAUCGAGACUGUUCAGGAAAUGGUGUUUGUAGAGCAGCAAUAGCAGACAAUAAUCCAUCCUGCACUUGCAGCCAAGGCUGGAGAGGACCUUGCUGUGACAGUAGAAUACCUGUGAGAAGGUCUGGUGACCCACAUCUAUCUACAGCUGAUGGACUUGAAUUUGAUUAUUUUGGCAUUGGAGAGUUCUGGGACUGCAGAAGCAAGGAGAAUGACUUUGGUGUACAGUUGAGGUUCUUUGGCUAUAAAACAACAUCCUUCACAGGUGCAGUCGCUAUCAAGACAGGAAACAUAACAACAACUAUCUACACACUCAACAAUUCUACUGGACAAACCUCUUUGCCCAAACUGAGGAUAAAUGGAACUCUACUGAAAGACAACUGGGCUGAUUAUCCCACAGUUCACACUAUUGAUUCAGAUUAUGUAAGACUCUAUGUACAACCAACAAGAGCUAACGGUUCUGUGGUGCAGUAUCUCUUCCAAUUCAAUUCUGGUGCCACAUAUACAGUAGAUGUUCGAUACAGCAGCAUGCUGCAAAGACAGUAUAUUGACACAGAAAUAAGACUAGUCGCAUCCUUCCUACGUCAGACAGAGGGUCUGUGUGGGUACAUGGAUAACAAUUUGGAGUAUGAUUUGGUUACUCCUGAUGGUAGACAACUGACCGAUACAACAGCCUUUGCAGAAUCCUGGCGUGUUGAUCUCAGUGUUUCCAACAAGGGAGAUGGAUCGUGGUCAUGGUCAUACUCAAAUUUCCAUCCAGAUGACCCACUUGAUUCUUCCUAUACCAACCCAUACCACAGAACUGUGUAUGGAAUAGACCAGCUAGACGCAACUGAGAGAAUGAAAGCAGAAAAAGAAUGUGCUUCACUUGCUUUACAAGGGAAGCUUCUCACUGAUUGCAUUCUGGAUAGAGGGUUGACUAGAGAUAGAACAGUUUUACAGCAGCAAGCAUUCCAACAAGGAAAAUGUCCAAAUGAUUGCUCCAACCGAGGACACUGCAGCAACGAAUCAUGUAUAUGUAUAGACAGUUGGAUGGGUGAUGACUGUAGCCAAGGUGGCUGUGACAAUUGUCCAUCAAACAGUCAGUGUAUUAAUGGCUUCUGCAGAUGUAAUUUUGGCUAUGUUGGACCAUUUUGCUCAAAAGCUACCUGUGAGAUGAUUAAUAACUGUACCAAUACAACACAUGGACUGUGCAAAGCUCCUAACAUUUGUCAAUGUAACCCAGGCUACUUGGAUGCCGACUGCAGUAUAUCAGCGUCGUGUUCUCAUAAGUGUUCAUAUCAAGGCACUUGUCUAGGAGAUGAAAAGUGCCUCUGCUAUUUUGGGUGGGGUGGACUUACUUGCAGUAACAAAACAUGUGAAGCCUUAGCCAACUGUUCUGGUCGCGGCACCUGCCGUUUAGAUGGAACAUGUCAGUGCAAUGCAGGCUGGCAAGGAAGCUCGUGUGAACUUUUUAGCUGCGACAAAGUCAAGAACUGUUCUGGCCAUGGAGACUGCAUUGAUAGAAACAAAUGUAGUUGCCAUGUUGGUUACACAGGAACGGAUUGCAGCACACUCGCCUCGUGUCCAUCAAAACAAAAUUGUAACGGCAAUGGUGUGUGUAUAAAUGCAGACACGUGUCUCUGUUACUCUGGAUACUUUGGUGACGAAUGUGAGACUUUUGAAUGCAGUAAAGGAUGCUCAGGUCGCGGCACUUGUGAAGCACCGGAUAUCUGCUCUUGCAUACUUGGCUGGACUGGAUCAGAUUGCUCGCUACCAUCAUGCGAAAAACUACAUUAUUGCUCAGGUACAGAUCACUAA